AUGGUAUCAGAGAAUUCCGAGUGUAGGCAGCUGAAUUCGAUUGUUUCAUUUGUCCACCUUGUUUCGAUAUACGAAACUUUGUCGAUACUAGUUGUCUGCAUACAAGGCUCCGCAGAAGCAGCCUCAAGACCUCCUGUCAUGAAUGUUGGUGCAAUGUUCGCAGCUGGCAGCAUCAACGGAAAAGUCUUGAAGAUUGCCAUUGAGGCUGCAGGGAAUGAUGUGAAUGCUGAUCCAAGCAUUCUUGGUAAAACUAAAUUGUCCAUAUCUUUUCAUGAUUCCAACUACAGCGGAUUUCUUGGACUCAUUGGAGCAUUAAGGUACAUGGAGUCUGAUACCUUCGCUAUACUUGGUCCACAAAAUUCUGUGAUGGCUCACAUACUUGCACAUCUUGCCAAUGAGCUACGUGUCCCUUUACUGUCAGUCACAGCGCUGGACCCCACCCAAGCAAGUCUGCAGUACCCUUACUUUGUUCAAACCGCACCCAAUGGUCAAUUCCAGAUGGCUGCUAUUGCAGAUAUUGUUAGCUAUUUCGGUUGGUCAGAGGCGGUUGCGAUUUUCACCGAUGAUGAUAACAGCCGAAAUGGUGUUGCUGCACUCGGUGACAAACUUGCCGAAAAACGUCACAAGAUUUCAUACAAGGCAGUGCUUCCACCUGACCCGACACCAACUCGAGAGGAUGUAAAAAAAUUGUUGAUAAAGGUUCGAAUGAUGGAGUCUCGAGUGAUUAUUCUACACACAUUCUCCAAAUCUGGUCUCCUGGUUUUUGAUGUGGCUAAAGAACUUGGGAUGAUGGAGAGUGGAUAUGUUUGGAUAGCCACAACUUGGCUGUCCAUUGUUUUGGAUUCAACUUCACCUCUUUCUUCGAAAACCGCUAGCUCCAUCCAAGGCGCUCUGACUCUUCGUCCACACACGCCGGAUUCUAAGCGAAAAAGAGAUUUCAUAUCAAGGUGGAACGAGUUGAGUAAUGGCUCUAUCGGGUUGAAUCCUUACGGUCUAUAUGCCUAUGACACAGUUUGGAUGCUUGCUCAUGCUAUAGAUUUGCUUUUGGAACAAGGGGGCAGCAUUGCCUUUUCCAACAUUACUGGUAUAGGACCUAUUGGUGGUCUUAAAGGAGGGACUUUGAAUCUGGGUGCAUUGAGCAUUUUUCGAGGUGGGAAGCAGUUGCUGGACAAUAUUUUGCGCACAAAUACAACUGGUCUGACUGGUCCGGUGGCAUUUCAUCCAGAUAGGUCGCUGUUGAAUCCUUCUUAUGAAAUCAUUAACACAAACGAAAAUGGAUAUCAAAGAACAGGAUACUGGUCUAACUACUCUGGUACAUCUCUUGUGCCCCCUGAGAAAUUAUUCAACCUGUCUAAGGCGAACCAUAGUUUGGACACAGUUUUAUGGCCCGGAGGGACAACAGUUAAGCCUCAGGGGUGGGUUUUUCCAAACAAUGGAGAGAGAUUGAGAAUUGGAGUACCAAAUCGUGUCAGCCUUCGAGACUUUGUGUCACGAACAAGUGGUACUGAUGUAGUUGAAGGAUACUGCAUUGAGAUAUUCGUUGCAGCCAUAAAGUUGCUUCCUUAUGCAGUUCCAUAUAAGUUUGUUCUGUUUGGUGAUGGCCUCAAGAACCCUAGUUACAAUGAGCUUGUAAACAUGGUUGCUUCAGGCAAGUUUGAUGCUGCUGUAGGUGACAUUGCAAAUCGAACAAAGACUCUGGAUUUCACUCAGCCGUAUAUAGAGUCAGGGCUAGUUGUGGUGGCUCCAGUUAGGGGUUCAAAUUCCGCUUGGACAUUCUUAAAGCCAUUUUCUUCAUUUAUGUGGGGUGUCACAGUAUUUUUCUUCCUAGUCAUUGGAUUGGUAAUAUGGAUUCUUGAACAUAGAAAAAACGAUGAGUUCCGAGGCCCUCCUAGGAAACAGGUUGUCACAAUUUUAUGGUUUAGCUUCUCUACCAUGUUUUUUGCUCAUAGAGAAAACAUCGUGAGCACGCUAGGCCGCACGGUGCUGAUCAUCUGGCUUUUUGUAGUUCUAGUGAUCAACUCAAGCUACACAGCUAGCCUGACAUCAAUGCUCACAGUACAACAAUUAUCAUCCCCCAUCACCGGCAUCGAUACCUUGAUAACUAGCACAGAACCUAUAGGAUUCCAAAUCGGAUCUUUUGCUCAGAGCUAUUUGGUUGAACAGCUCAACAUCCAACUCGGCUCACCAGAAGCUUAUGCAACCGCGCUUAAGGACAAAACUGUUGCUGCUGUGGUUGAUGAAGGAGCAUACAUAGAACUCUUCCUCUCAGAAAAUUGCAAUUUCUCAAUUAGGGGGUCGGAGUUCACCAAAAGUGGAUGGGGAUUUGCAUUUCCAAGAUACUCUCCUUUGGCAAUUGACAUGUCAACUGCCAUACUCACUCUCUCUGAGAAUGGUGAUCUCCAGAGAAUUUAUAACAAAUGGCUCUCCAGAAAGAUUUGUGCUUCAGAGACCUCCGACAUUGUAUCCGACCAGCUUCAACUACAAAGCUUUUGGGGGCUAUUCCUUAUCGCCGGCGCUGUAUGUUUUAUUGCUCUACUCAUUCACUUGUUCUCCAUGUUACGCCAGUUCAAACGCCAUACCCCGAAAGCUGAAGAUCAGUCUGAGCCUUCGAGCCACGGAAACAUCAACUCUCGUUCUACCUUAACACAUCUCCUCACGUUCUUGUCUUUCAUCGACGAAAAGAGACACGAAUCAAAGAGAAGUAAAUCGAAAAGGAAACGCAACGAAAGCGUGGUACCAAAUGUGAUUGAAAAGGAAGGUGAUCGAUCGGUAAGGAGUGCUUCCAAGAGAAUACAAAUCAACAACUCUCAAGAGAUGCGUAGGAUUGACAAUGACACUUGGCUAAUUCGUUAAUUAAACAUGAUUAAGAAGUGAAUCAUUUCAUAUUUUUCUGACCAAAAAAGAAUCAUAUUCAUGCUUUGUCUUUUAAUCCCUUGUAU